CCUCAAUGGGGGCCGGACUGCCAGCAAACAGCGCCUUACCGUGAACCAGCGAUCUUCGUAUGAUCGGCUUGACGCUUACCACUAUCGAGUCUUAACAAGGACGUUAGUACUAGCUGUUGACCUUUGUUAAGACAUGAUAGUGAUGCCAUUAGGAAUACUGCCAUGCCACCCUUCCUCCUUGUACGGACAUAAAUAGCCCCUGACACACUUGAGUAGACGAUAGCUAUGUGAUAUAAUAGGCAUUGACCCUCGCUCAGUUAUUAGUACUCACCUGCUCUAUAGUUCGACUUCAACAUCUAUUUGACUCAAUUCUCUCUUCCUCUAUCAAGCAGUAAUUAUUCAGUUCAUCCCUCGUUUCCUCAAGUCACCAUGGGUUCAGACAGCGGCGAACCACGCCCGUCCACCGAGUCAACAGACUCACAAACACCCUUCAUCCAAGAGCAAAGCCUGCCUUUCCGACCACCACCACCACCAUCCAAUUAUCUCGAGGGCAAUGUCUCCAGCGUUCGGAAUGCCACUACCAAUAUCAACCUCGCAGCCGUGAUCGUCACAGCGCGCAUCCUCGCCGCGAUAUCCGGCCUCGCCGUCGGCAUCAGUUUCAUUCUCAUCCCCCGGCACUGGGACAUGGAGAUCACGAUCGCCCUCACCGUUUUCUUCUGGUUCACCAUCGCCUGGGACAUCCUCUUGCUGACCAGAAUGAUAAGCAAGCCCUCGCUUCGGAUCAGUCUAGUCUUGCGCGACGGGCGAGCCAUCAACUUCCUCUCCCGAGAUGACGAUGAGGAAGGCCAUGAGGGCCGCCGUCGAGGGUUUGGAUGGCCUCGUGCCUUCUGGGUCGACCUCACUCUUCUCGCCGUGCUCUUCUCCCUGACCAUUGCCAACCACGUCCACGGCUGGGGCAGGCAUCAGCUUACUACGGGGCUUGGGUGGUUCCCUAUCUUUUUCCACAUUAUCAUUGCUGUGCUCACGGCGUCCCCGAAAAUGGCUACUGCGCACGUCCGCUUCGAAAGGACCGACAGGGCUCAGAUCGCGCUGGCAUAGACCUAUCUCACACCAGCUGUAGAUUGGUUCUCACUCGGGUUACUUGAUAACACAUUGUCCCCUCCCCACACAACUCUAUUGUGCCGUUGGGAGAGAACCAACCAUUGUCAGAAUCUCGCAGGGUGGUGGGAUCUCGUUUGGUAUCUGAUAGCACAGCACAUAAAACCCGGGAUUUUCCCCCUUUUCCACGAUAGGUAUUCUAUACCAUUUGACCAGGGUCGGUGAUCUAUACUGGUUGAAGCAUGAAUAUUUACUGUCCUCUCAUUGUUGAUAAAUGUAAAAUUUAGCGGUCAUGAGCUGAAUGAGUCCCGGUCGGGGAUAGAGUAUACAUCUGCACUCGCAUUUCUCAGCUUAUUCGCUCGUCAACCAUAGCAUUCCACAUUCCUUUACUCGAUGAAACGAACCCAUAGCGCAAGCGAACUA